CAGAGGUAGCCAGAGUAGCGUAUCCGAGAGUAUGCCCCCAAGUUUCGAAAACCAGAGUCAGAGUGCUUCGCCGGAGACGCCGAGUGAAGCGAACAGCCCUGAGCCUCCGAGCUCUUGGGGCUCCUUGAGCACUAACCUUCCAGAAGGUGCCAGCUCUGAAGAUCCCCGCGAGUAUGACUGCGGAGCAGGAGCAGAGCGGCAGAAAAUCGAAUCGCGGCCAUCAGCUGGCCUACGUCGUGGCGAGUUCAAGGAGCCACGAUCCGCUGGAUAAGGAGCCGAGCACGAGCGGAGCAACGCCGAAGCGCGAUGGCAAAAAGGACUCUGCUGGCGCAGCGCAUCAUCAGCGUGUUCUCAGAAGUUCCAAUCGAUCAGGCAACGCUCGUAAAAACUGCUCGAAACAUUUCGACAACUCGUCACCGCAACACACUCUUUACUCGCCGAGUCCCGAGCCCGAAUCAAGAGAUUCGACAACGAGUACCGAUACGAUACCACAUCAGCCGAGGAAAAGAAAAACGAAGCAGUGUAAAAAGGUGCAGCAGUACGUUCCUCCGUCGAGAGGCCCGCCGACCAUUUAUGACUAUGAACAAUAUUUAGAACUGCAGGAAUACCUCGCGCAAAGAAGGAAAAAUAUAGUUCCCGUUUCGUAUGCAGCUCCCAAACUUUACGAGAGCUACUCGAUGAAUCUACGUAGUUAUAAACUAGCCGGCAACGCGAGUGUGCAAGCGAACGUCAGUCCACCACCCAGUCUGAUGGGUUCGAUGAAAGACUUGUACGUCGAGCAAGAAGAAGACCGACGUGACUUGAGAAUGCGGCACGUCGUGGAGAUGGAGAAACUAGCCUUACAAAGAGGUUUACAGUAUCGUACUAAAGCAGCCAGAAACAGAUGGACACUCGGGAAACGGAAGUGUAAAUAGACGAUUAGUGUUCAGCUGGCUGCAAGAAUUAGAUGACAAGUGGCACAAGACCAAGGUAAGCAUGUUGCAGAGGCACCGUAACGAAGCACAGACUUUACAAAGUAGACAACGCCUGGAAUGGGAAUGGCAGUUAAGCGAACUUAAGCUCAAUGGCUUGAACGUUUUACCUCAACUGGACGAUCUUCAUGUACCGAUAGUACACGUCCCUGACAUCAAGGAAAUCGACGUAAUUUAGGACAAUCCAUUCCUUUAACUCGAUCGAUCGAUUCUUCCAUUGAACUUACGAGAUUUAAGUACAACAGUUCUCCACGCAAAUAUA